CGCGCUAGCCACGGUGCUGCGACGCCACGCAGGUCCCCAGGACACGUCUUUUGACACGGUGACUGAGCCGAUCAGCGAUCGCAGACACACCUGCCCACCCUGAAGUCUAGCCGCUGGAUUUCAUCUCCAUGGCAACAAGCAUGGAAGGUGAAGUGGUCCCUCCAGAAGGAAUUAUUCUGGAGCACCACCAUGAUGUGACAACGAAGGAUGAGUAACACCUACUGUGGCAACUCUUCAACCAAGAUGAGUGUCAAUGAAGUCUCUGCUUUCUCGCUGACUCUGGAGCAAAAGACUGGCUUUGCUUUUGUAGGGAUUUUGUGUAUCUUCCUUGGACUUCUGGUUAUCCGAUGCUUCAAGAUCCUCUUAGAUCCAUAUAGCAGCAUGCCGUCUUCUACGUGGGAAGAUGAAGUUGAAGAGUUUGAUAAAGGGACAUUCGAAUAUGCACUUGCAUGAGGAUUCCAGCUGUAUUGUGUUUUGUGGCUAUAUCUUUACAGUGACCACGAGGGUGUUGGAGUAAAGUUCGUUUUGUUUACGGAAGUCAAUAAAAGUCUGUGCCUAAUUUA